AUGACUGAUGUAUGCGAGACACUUGAGGAUAUUGUUUGUAAACUUAUAUCAGAGAAUGGUCUGAAAGCUGGUAUUGCUUUCCCUACAGGGUGCUCUUUGAAUUGGGUUGCUGCUCAUUGGACACCAAACUCCGGAGACAAGACUGUACUUCAAUACGACGAUGUUAUGAAAGUGGAUUUUGCAACACAUAUCGAUGGGGACAUCUCUCUAGCAUCUCAGUUAAAGGCUUCUCUGAUCCAGCCAGGAAGUGGAUACGAUUCCAAGGCUGAUAUUUGGUCUUUUGGAAUAACUGCGCUGGAGUUGGCUCAUGGUCAUGCACCUUUCUCAAAGUAUCCACCCAUGAAGGUACUCUUAAUGACGAUUCAAAAUGCUCCCCCUGGCCUUGAUUAUGACCGUGAUAAGAAGUUUUCAAAGUCCUUUAGAGACAUGGUAGCGUUAUGUCUGGUGAAGGAUCAAACAAAAAGGCCAACCGCUGAAAAGUUGUUAAAACACUCGUUUUUUAAGAAUGCAAAGCCUCCAGCGAUUUGUGUGAAAAAGUUAUUUGCUGAUUUGCCACCUCUCUGGACACGUGUUAAAGAUCUUCAGGAUAAGGAUGCUGAGCUUGCUUUGAAAGGACUUGACCAGGAAGCUAUAUCAAAGAGUGAAUACCAAAGAGGAGUAAGUACUUGGAACUUCAAUAUUGCAGAUUUGAAAGAACAAGCAGCUUCGCUAGAUGAUGAUGACAUCCUAGAAGAGGGUAUGGAAGAAGAUGAUUAUUUUGUCCAACAGUUGCGUAAUAAGACCAGUGACAGAGGACAAGUGCUCUCAGAAGAUAUCAACGGAAAGGAAAAAGUUUCAGAUUCUUUCAGUUUAACUGCUUCUCCUGUUGAACCAGCAACGCCAAGUCCAAAGCACGGUAUCCCACAGGCCAAGGCUAAGUCAGUGAGAGUCCAGGCUCAUGAGAGUGGACCACAGAAAGGCCAUGUUUAUGCAAGGCCGGCUGCAUCAUCCCGUGUAGAACCUAGCUUUAGCGGAGCAUUGAGUCUUCCAAAGCGUGCUUCAGAAAACAGUUUCUCAGCUCCUAGCAAAUCUUCUGGAGGAUUCCGUGAUUCUCUGGCUGACAAGUCAAAGGCUAAUGUGGUUCAAACCAAAGGAAGAUUCUCAGUAACAUCAGAGUACUUAGAUCUUGCAGGGGCACGCCCUUUGAGAAAAUGUACCAGUGUUGGUAUACUCGAAUCUAAAAUGCCCAUCAAGGAGUUAAUUAGUCGUCCUGCGUCUCCUUCGCCUCCUUCGUCUCCUUCGCCUCCUUCGUCUCCUCCGUUCAUCAUGCCUCAACUUCAAAAUUUGGUCCUUCAAACUUCAAAACAACAGGAGCUUAUUAUUAAUCUACUGAAAAACUUACAAGUUACUGAUGCAACAGAUGGCUCUCAAAAUGGAAAGUUAGCACUUUUGCCUCGAGGAUCUGACAUCAAUGGAAGUGUUGUUGAACCAAUAUCUUCAGAGAGAGAAAGAUUACUGCUUAACAUGAUCUCUGAGCUUCAGUCUAGGAUGAAAGAGGUGACUGAAGAACUUGAAGAAGAAAAGACAAAACACGCACAACUGCAGCAGCAAUUGAAAUCACUACUGAGCUACGCAGAAGCUUAUGCAGAAGAGUAAAAGUAUAAUUUUGUACUAAAA